AUGCCAUACCUAGGCCUCCGAGGAAAGGCCCUCCUGGGUGCCAUCUCCGCCACCGCAGGGACGGGAUUCUGUCUCUUCGGCAUUGAUAACGCGUCCCUGGGAGGCGUCAUAUCAUCUGUCCCAUUCGACCGUCGCUACCAUCUCGACACUACUGGGCAAGGGGCCGUCACUGGUGCUUAUGAAAUCGGAUGCUUCUUCGGAGCCCUUUUCUUUGCCGUCUGUGGUGAACGGGCAGCUAGACGGACCAUCAUCUUGAUCGCUAUCAUCCCUCUUCUUAUCGGCACUGUGCUUCAAGUGGCUUCAUACUCUGUAGCUCAGCUGUCUGUAGGUCGAGUGGUAGCCGGAAUUGCGAUGGGUGCGAUCACUGCGACCUUGCCAGUCUGGCAGAACGAGACGAGUCCCGCGGCUUUGCGUGGAACUCUGAUAUGUGCGACGCUGAGCAUGCUUGUUGUCGGUCAAUUGAUUGCUUAUUGGACUGCGUAUGGCCUCCUCGAUCGAUACGACAAUGACAUGACUUGGAGAGUGAUGUUCAGCCUACAAGGAAUGGCCGGAGUCAUCAUGGGCGCUCUCCUUCUUUUCAUGCCAGAAUCACCUCGAUUCUUGCUUUCGCACGACAGGCCGGAAGAAGCACGGCAGGUCCUUGCCGCUUUGGCAGACCUACCUGACGAGGACCCCGUGAUCACUACGCAGAUGAAUGAAAUCGUCAGGGCGAUUGAGCUGGAGCACUCGAGCGCAAAGAGCUGGAAGGAUUUGUUGACCCGAGGGAAGGAUUCUCAGCGCGAGAAGAGAAGAAUGUUGACUGUGACUUCUUUUUCUAGCUGUCAAGCAUUCUCUGGAAGUACAGUCUUCUCAUACCAAGAGGCCAUCGGCAUGUCUUCUCAUACAUCAACGCUCCUCUCUGGGUUUCUUCAAAUCUUCUUUCUGAUCUGCAGCUUUGGGACAUGGUGGCUCAUUGAACAUGCUGGUCGACGACGGUUGUUCCUUCUCACUGCUUUCGCCAUGGCUGUCUCGAUGUUCGCCAUCGGUGGCCUCGUCAAGCAGAACACCAAGCCUACAGGUAUCGCCGCAGCAGUGCUGGUCUUUGCCUACCAGGGAUUCUUCAGCUGGGGGUGGAUGGCUGGCGUUUGGGUCUACUCUUCCGAAAUUUGCCCUCUCAGCUGGCGGUCUAAAGGCAUGGGCCUUGCUGUCGCGUUACAGUGGCUUUUCGACUUCGUACUGCUCAUGGUGACACCGAUCGGUAUUGGAAACAUCGGUUACGGGAUGUUUAUCCUCUUUGGCGGUUUCAAUCUCUGCUUCAUCCCCUUUGUCUACUUUUUCUGUCCCGAAACGGCUGGUGUUCCUCUCGAGUCGAUUGACGCGUUUUUUAUUCUCGGCGUUGACCCGAUAAAAGAGAGUGAAAGAAUACGAAGAGAAAUCAGGGAAGCCAGCCAAUCAAGAGAGGAAGAGUUGUUGGAAGUUGGCGCUUUGACGGAAAUCAUCGGAGAGUACGAUGAGAAGGUCGGCGCAGAGAAGUAG